AUGAAGACGCAGAUCAAGCCGAUCGUCGACGCACUUGGCGAGCUGGUCGAGGUCGAGUAUUUGGAGGGCGGCGAGCGAUGUGCUCCAUACCAAGGCAUCGAAAGCAUCUUUCCGGGCCAAGCGUACUUUUCGUGGUACGAGCAGCCGACGCGCGCCGCAUUGCAGGCGGCGCACAGCAGAGUGGCAGCCAAAUUGGACGCUUCGAGGGGCUGCUACGGGAAGCAGGGUGAUGACUCGCAGCAGCUCAGUGCAGCCAUAGCGUUGGGAAAGGAGGUAGGCAUCGAUUCUUUAGCGAUGCAUCCAGCGUUGACAGACACGGCAAGCACUGGCGCAUCGCCUGCCCUCACUCCCAGCUAUGGGGGCACGGAUUCGGAUGCGAGCACGGCGGGGCCGACGACACCUCUGGAAGAGCGUCGAUGCGCAUUUGACGGGCUGAUCUGCUUCUCGCAGGGAUGUGCGGUGUCGACAGGCAUGCUACUGGAACUGAGGGCGCAUGUGGGAGCUGGACUGGACGAGCUUCCGGUGCGACUGAUGAUUCUCAUCUGUGGUGGACGACCGUUUGAGAGCGGAGGAGGGCUGCAGCGCGUGGACACGAGGGGUGUUGCGCCGCUCGAGAUCAAGAGCGUGCAUGUGCAUGGCCGACACGAUACGAAUCUAGCGGAAUCGCGACAGCUGGCAUCGCUCUACGACGACCGGGACAAGCAGGUGAUCGAACUCGACAUUGGACACUGCCCACCGCGGCGAACCUCGGAGGAGGAUGCCAACAGGCGGCGUGCAUCGUCAAGAUCCAGGAACGACGGUGUAUUUGACUUGGCGAUGAACGAGCUGUUAGGUCGGCAGCGCAGCGCAGUGCAUCGCAGUGCAGCAGCUCGACGCAGCAGCUCGACGCAGCAGCUCAACGUGCAGCUCAGCUUGGACCAACACCCGCCGUCGGUGCUUCUGUCGGCCUCGUCACAUUUUCAACGCACGAACCUCUCGCUCUCGCCACUAAGCUAUCGGCUUGGCCGUCAUCCUCCUCGUCAUCCGCGACUUCAUCUCUACGCCUGGCUCACUCCCACUCCCACCUUAGAAUCACUCGGCCUGCUCUUCAGCACCGCUUUCGCCUCGCCUCGUCUCGUCUCCUCUCGUCUCCUCUCGCCUUGCUGCCGAGCCGUCUUCCGAAGCGUCCAGCAACGACGACCUUCGCCACAUAGAAUCAUAACAGCGUCCACCCGUCCCCAUCAUUGCGACCCUUCCGUCCCAGAUCACUUCGUCCCGUUGGCCGCCGCCGCAGCAAGUACACCUCUCGCUCCGUCCUGUUCCGAAAUCCGCAUCCUUCUCUGCAUCACCGCUCCUGCAUCAAGCUGGGAAACGCUCGAUUUCAUCUGCUUGCCGCGUCCCCGCUUGCACGCGCUCCCAGCCAUCGUCAUGACGGGCACAGAACGUCGCAGCCAUCCGGGCAACCUCGCCAACUUGCCUCCGCGCACCCCCAUCACACGCACCCCUUCCCCCACCAAGAAGCCGCACCCACCUUCCUCGGCCGCCAACCACCUCAGCAGCCGCUCCACGCUCGCACAGAGAUCCCACCAGCACCCGCACGUUGACACGCCCAACUUCUCCGUCAACGCUCACUUUGCCGAAGCUUUCGGUGCGACUCCCAACUACGAGCUUCCUGCCGAUGGCCUCUUCCACGCAGACGAUGCCGCCGCCGCCGCCGCCUCCUCUUCCGCCACUUCCGCCAACUCCUACUGGCUCACAGAGAACCGCUCCCAGUCCGUGCCGCCAAGAAUAGCUGCAGAGAGCGCAAACUCAAACUCUCGCUCCAACAACCUCCGCCGCGCAAUGCCCGCCAUCGAUACCAGCGCAAGGCCACUCUCAAGGCGAGAGUCCCUCAUGGACGAGGCAGAAAAGCGUCCCACCAGCCCUCACAUCACCUCGGCCACUCCCACAAGCGCACGCCAUCACCACCUUCCCUUUUCCUCCAACCAGCCAUCGUCCGCUGGCCAUCAUUCCUCGUCCCGCUCCGGCUCGAGCCCCGCCGUCCACCGCGUCGCCUCGCCCUCCCUCCUCAACUCUGGCAUCGGUCGCGUCGCCGUAUCGGCUGCACAGUCCAUCAUGGAUGCCAUGGCCGGUCGCUCCUCUCCAGCAACCACGCGCAACAAGCACGCCUCUCACUCGGACCAUCACGACAGCCUCAGCGACGACGAGGCCGGCAAGGGUCACGGUCGCAAAGCCAUCCCGCCCGCCACCAAUCGCUUCACCCCUUCGCUCUCCCACACGCGCAACCAUGCCCACUUUCACGACAAGCAAACCUCACCCGCCGCUUUCGACCAUGCCCAACAUGCUGGCCAGGGCGUAAGCGCCGACCUUGCUUGGCAUGCCGGCAUCUCGGAAUCGCGAAGAGCCACCCCAGCCGCCUACCGGCCUCGUCCCGCCACGCCCUCCCGGCGGCGCGCCAGCCAGCAUCAGGACCGCCAACCCACCGCCGACGACAGCACCGACAUGCAUCUGCCCGACAGCCUCAAGUCCACCCACUCCUCUAUCCACAUCGGCUCGCCCAUCGUCGUCCCGCAAGCACGCCGCGGCGCCGUCCGACUCCAACCGCGGCGUAGGCGAAGAGUGGCACGCCCCAUCAAGCCUAAACGCACCUGGCGCCAAAGCGUAUUGGUCUGGCUCGCCACACUUGUCCAUUUUGUACGCCUGCUCGCAUCGCCCGCCGAGGCGCUGCGUCGCUUCCGAGAGUACUGCACCGACACGCGCAUCUCGAUCGACGACGCCUUCCGCCACCCGCAGACGGGCAUGCGCAGCUACUACCCGCCCUGGCUCCAGGCGUACGUGCCGCUGCUCAUCUGGCUCGGCAUCAGCCUGACCAGCACCGCGCUCGUCAUCACCUUCCACACCGAGGUCUUCAUCGGCCUCGACCACAUGGCCGCCUACCUCCAGGGCCUCGGCCUGCGCGGCAAGCUCAUGCUCGGCUCGCUCAUCUUCCUCACCACCUUCCCGCCACUGCCGCUCUACUCGACGCUCAUCAUGCUCUGCGGAUUCACCUUUGGCCUCUGGCAGGGCUUCAUCAUCAGCUACGUUGCGGCGCUGUCGGGCGCCAUUGUGGUGUUUGUGCUCAGCCGCUCGCUGCUGCGCGAAUGGAUGGUGGGCCUGCUCAACAAGAGCGGCGGCCUCAAAAAGGUGGUGCGCGCCAUCGAGAAGCAGCCCAAGCUGCUCUUCCUCGUGCGUCUGGCGCCGUAUCCGUACAACCUGAUGAACACGCUGCUCGCCAGCUCGCCCACGCUCACCAUGCGCACCUACGUCACGUGCACCGCGCUCGCGCUGCCCAAGCUGCUCAUCCACACCGGCCUCGGCACAUCCAUCAAGAACUUUGCCGCCUACAACGGCGCCGCCGAAGGCGUCAGCAAGGAGGAGGCGGCGGCAUCCCAGACGGCCGAAAACGUCAAAAAGUGGGCGGGCCUCGUGGGCAUUGGCUUGUGCAUCGGCAUCAUGGUCUACUUGCUGUCGGUAGCGCGGCGUGCGGUGGACGAGCUGGAUGACGAGGCGGACGACGCAUACGACGAUGUGCUGCUCGACGACCAAGGCGAAGAGCUGCUGUCGUCGGACCUGGACGAUGAGGACGGCGACGAGGGCGACGAGGUUGACGAUGGACGCGACCGCGGCGCCGGCGUCGACAUGCGCGAGCGAGCGGGUCCGUCGACGCUUGGAUUCCGCAACGGCUACGCGCCCAUCACUGCGUCGCCCGAAGAGCGGCUGCGGCAGAGCAUGCGCCAGCCGCAACCCAUGCCCGGCCCGCUGGUGCUGCCCGGUUCGAGCUACGAACGAACGUCUGGCUCGGGCUCGUUUGACGGCAGGGUGUCGCUCAGCGGCAGCGGCUCGGUGGGAGCGCCCUCGAUCGAUCUGGCCGACAAGAUCGCCGAGAUGGAGGCGCAUGCCGAAAACAUGACGUUCGAGUCGCCGCUUCACAACGGCGCCGAGAUGCACUCGGCCUCGCCGCGAUGGUCGCCGUUGGUGGCCAACCUGGAGGAGAGCGCCGAGCAGGCGCCUGCGUUGCUGCUCGACGGCCAAGCGCACGAGCUCGACGCUGCGCACGGCUUUAUACAGCAGCACGCGCCGCAUGGCAGGACAUGGGAGUGA